AUGGAUAAAUUGGAAUGUGUUGAUAUAAUAGAAUUUAUAAAAAAUUUGAAUGAAUCAAUAAAAGGAAAAAAAUUAAGUGAUUAUAAUUUAGAAUUAAAAAUAUUAACAGAAUCAUAUGAAAUAAGAAAUUUGAAUAUAAUUUUAAAAUUAUAUUUAUUAUUAGAAAAAAUUGAAAAUUAUUUACCAAAUCAUGAUCCAAAAAAUUUUAUUAAUUGUAGAUAUGGUAAUAAAGCUUUUAAUACUUUCAUUAAUCAAUUAACCAAUGAAUUGGAUGAAAUAUUAAUAGAAUAUGAAAUAAAAAUAAUUGAUGAAAAUAUAUAUAAAAAAUUAAAAAAACAUUUUUUAAAUUCAUUUGGUAAUAAUAUAAGAUUAGAUUUUGGUACAGGACAUGAACUUGAAUUUAUUUAUUUUUUAAUGAUACUAUUUACUAAUAAUUUUAUUAAACAACAACAAUUUGAUUCAUUAGUUUUAAUAUUACUCAAUAAAUAUUUUGAAUUAUGUAGAAAAAUAAUAGAAAGAUAUACAUUAGAACCUGCUGGUACUAAAGGUGUUUGGGGUAUUGAUGAUUAUCAAUUUCUACCAUUCAUAUUUGGUUCUUCACAACUUAUUAAUACCAAUAUUAAUCCUAAACAUUGUAUGGAAUUAGAAUUUGUAAUAAAAUAUAAAAAUGAUUAUAUAUUUAUGAGAGCAAUGGAAUAUAAAAUUAAUGUAAACAAAAUAAAUUUAUAUAUAUAUAAAUUAGAUUAA